GCGAUGCCGUUUGGCUGCGUGACGCUGGGAGACAAGAAAGAUUAUAACCAGCCGUCUGAGGUGACCGACAGAUAUGACCUGGGCCAGGUCAUCAAAACGGAGGAGUUCUGUGAAAUCUUCCGGGCCAAGGAGAAGACAACGGGGAAGUUGUACACCUGCAAGAAGUUUCUGAAACGGGAUGGGCGGAAAGUGCGGAAGGCAGCAAAAAACGAGAUCAUCAUCCUCAAAAUGGUGAAACACCCCAACAUCCUACAACUCGUGGAUGUCUACAUCACCCGCAAGGAAUAUUUCAUCUUUCUGGAGCUGGCCACUGGCCGGGAGGUCUUUGACUGGAUCCUGGACCAGGGCUACUACUCGGAGAAGGACACCAGCAAUGUCAUCCGGCAAGUGCUGGAGGCUGUUGCCUACCUGCACUCACUCAAGAUUGUCCACAGAAACCUCAAGCUGGAGAACCUGGUGUACUAUAACCGCCUGAAGAACUCCAAGAUCGUCAUCAGUGACUUCCACCUGGCCAAGUUGGAGAAUGGGCUCAUUAAGGAGCCCUGUGGCACCCCUGAGUACCUGGCUCCAGAGGUGGUGGGGCGGCAGCGGUAUGGGAGGCCAGUGGACUGCUGGGCCAUCGGUGUCAUCAUGUACAUCCUCCUCUCGGGAAACCCCCCUUUCUACGAGGAGGCAGAUGAGGAUGACUACGAGAAUCAUGACAAGAACCUCUUCCGCAAAAUCCUCGCUGGGGACUACGAGUUCGACCCGCCCUACUGGGAUGACAUCUCACAAGCGGCUAAGGAGCUGGUGACGCGCCUGAUGGAGGUGGAGCAGGACCAGAGGAUCACAGCAGAGGAGGCCAUCUCCCAUGAGUGGAUCUCUGGGAAUGCUGCCUCUGACAAGAACAUCAAGGAUGGCGUCUGUGCCCAGAUUGAGAAGAACUUUGCCCGGGCCAAGUGGAAGAAAGCCGUGCGAGUGACCACGCUCAUGAAACGCCUGCGGGCACCCGAGCAGACGGAGACGGCGGCAGCCCCGGCCCCGGCAGCGACCCCAGCCCCGGCAGCGACCCCAGCCCCGGCAGCGACCCCGGCAGCAACUCCAGCCCCGACAGCGACCCCGACCCCGGCCCCGGCAGCUCCAGCCCCGGCAGCGACUCCGGCCGCGGCCUCGGCUCCUGCCGCCGCGGCCACGGAGCCCGCGGCCACAGAGCCCGCCACCGACACGGCCGCGGCCACAGAGCCCGCCACCGACACGGCCGCGGCCACGGCCUCCGCCACGGAGCCCGCGGCCCCUGCCGCCACCGUCCCGGAGCCCGCAGCCCCCGGCGCGCCGCCCGCCGCCGCGCAGCCCCCGGCCCCCGGCACACCGCCCGCCACCACGUGUAACGAGGUCGGGGCAGCCGCCGAGCCCCCCAGCGAGCAGAGCGGCUGA